GCAAAAUCAGAACUCACUGGUGUGGUGCAUUCGUCCUUCUCUAAUAGUGAUUUUUACAAAUAAGUUGCGUGGCGCUGUUUUUUCUUGCUUGGCGAUUUUGCUUCCUUGCCUGAAAAUGGCCGUUAAGCAGCGCUUUUAUGCAGAUUCUUAAGAAGUAGUGUUUGAAAUUUCCCUUAAGAUCGCCUAAACCCUAGCAAAAUCUCCCGACUUCAAACUGCUCGAUCGGUUCCAAAUUCCCGGUGAUUGUUUGUGUUCUUUAUCAGUUUUCCAAUGGCGCAAUUACCUAUACUCCAAUUCGAAGAGAAAAUUGUAGAAACAGUAGAGAAAAAUCCUGUCGUGGUAAUAAUUGGAGAAACUGGUUCUGGUAAAAGCACUCAACUUUCUCAAAUUCUUCAACGGAGAGGUUACACGAAAUCUGGUUGCAUUGCUGUUACUCAGCCGCGUCGGGUCGCUGCUGUUUCUGUAUCUAGGCGUGUUGCGCAGGAACUCAAUGUUAAGCUUGGGGAGGAAGUAGGUUAUGCCAUACGCUUUGAAGAUAGAACUUCAGAGAAGACACUGAUUAAAUACCUAACUGAUGGAGUUCUCCUUCGUGAAAGUCUUUCCAAUCCGGAUCUGAGUCAAUAUUCAGUAAUUAUAUUAGAUGAAGCUCAUGAGAGGAGCUUAAACACGGAUAUAUUGCUUGGAUUGAUGAAGCGGUUGAUUAAGUUACGUGCAUCCAAUUUGAAGGUUUUGAUCACUUCAGCUACACUUGAUGGUGAGAAAGUAUCCAGAUUCUUCUCUAAUUGCCCCAUCCUCAAUGUCCCAGGAAAGUUGUUCCCCGUUGAGAUACAGCAUAGCUCAGAGAGACCCAAAAGUUAUCUUGAAGCUUCUCUAAAAACAGCUAUUGAUAUACAUGUUCGAGAACCAGAAGGCGAUGUCUUAAUUUUCAUGACAGGACAGGAUGAUAUCGAGAAGUUGGUGUCAAAAUUGGAAGAGAGAAUCAAACACCUGGAAGAAGGGUCUUGUAUGGAUGCUAUAAUUCUUCCACUUCAUGGAUCUUUGCCUCCUGAAUUGCAGGUCCGUGUAUUCAGUCAACCACCUCCCAAUUGUCGUAGAUUUAUAAUUGCUACAAACAUAGCUGAGACCUCUUUGACUGUUGAUGGUGUGGUCUAUGUAAUUGAUACCGGUUUUGUGAAGCAGCGACAGUACAACCCAUCAACUGGCAUGUAUUCUCUUGAUGUUGUCCAAAUUAGCAAAGUGCAGGCUAAUCAGCGUGCGGGAAGAGCUGGAAGGACACGUCCUGGAAAGUGCUACCGUCUGUACCCUUCCGUGGUUUACAAGGAUGACUUUUUGGAUGCUACAGUCCCUGAAAUACAGAGAUCUUCCCUUGCGGGAAGUGUGCUCUAUUUAAAAUCAUUAGACCUCCCGGACAUUGAUAUUCUCAAAUUUGACUUCCUUGAUCCACCUUCCUCUGAGGCUUUGGAAGAUGCCUUAAAGCAGCUAUAUCUCAUUGAUGCCAUAGAUGAAGAUGGUUCAAUCACAAGUCUUGGACGAACUAUGGCUGAACUUCCACUAGAACCUUCACUGUCGAGGACUUUGUUAGAGGCAAAUGAGUGUGGCUGUUUAUCUCAUGCUUUAACAGUUGCCGCAAUGCUAUCAGCAGAAACUACAUUGCUUUUAGGUCAAAGUAAGAGCACUGAUAAGAAGCGGAAGCAUACUCCUUCACACCUUCCUGAUGGUUCUGGGUGGGGUGACCACAUCCAGUUGUUGCAAAUUUAUGAGCUUUGGCAUCAAACUGACUACAGCACAGACUGGUGCAAGGAGAACAACUUGCAGGUGAGAGGGAUGAUGUUUGUCAAGGAUGUCAGGAAGCAGUUAACCCAGAUAAUGCAGAAGAUUGCUAAAGGAUCCAUGGAUGUUAAAACAAGUCAAAAACGGAAAGAAGGCCAAGAUUACAGACCUUUGAGAAAAGCUCUGUGUUCAGGAUUUGCAAAUCAACUUGCGGAGCGAAUGAUUCGUCAUAAUGGCUAUCGCACCCUCGGUUUCAAGUCACAGUUAGUUCAGGUGCAUCCGUCAUCAGUGCUGAAACCAGAUGAAGAUGGUAUGCUCCCAAAUUACGUUGUCUAUCAUGAACUUAUUGCUACAUCACGGCCAUAUAUGCGUAAUGUAUGUGCCGUUGAGAUGCAGUGGGUCAGGCCAGUCUUAGCUAAACUCGAUAAAAUAAAUGUCAGGAAACUCAGUGGCGGAGGCAGCCAGUCCCAUGAAGAAAUUCAAACGGAAAACUUAAACCUGCCGAAGGAUGAUGCUGGUGUUCCUCAGCCCCUUGAUGACCGAGAGAGUAGAAUUCUUGCAGCUCGGGAACGUUUUCUUGCUCGUAGUCGUAAAGCCAACAAAUAAUAGUAUCCUUUCAUGUUCAAAUAUUUUGCAAGACCUAUACGUUUGUUGCCCGAUUCAUCUUGGAGUCGUCCGGUUGCAUCUUGACAGUUGAGGAAGAUUGUAAGUUGUAUAUCCUUCCUGGCUUGAUGUCUCUCGGAGAGUUGAGGCCAUGUAAAAACUUAUACCUUGUACUGUAACAUGAUGAUUGUGAGGGUGAGUUUCAUAUAUUCUUAUUUUUCUGUAUGGAAUAUAUAUUCAUUUACAAGAAACUAAAAUGAGUUGGAGUGCA